AUGAGCGAGCAACUCCAGAAGCUGGCUUCCCGAUUGCAGGCCCUAGGCAGGGAGCAUCCAGAGUAUGAUACAGUGAAGGACGCAGUUUCGCUCCUAUCGAAGGUCGAUCCUAAUGACCCGCAAGCACGGUCCACUGCCUGGCAUGCUAUUGAAGCUGAUAUCAACACGCUCACUCGGGCGGGUAUCUGGACGCCGUCCAAGGACGAUGAAGAACUGAUCCAGCACCUACGAACAAGUCUACAAAGCAUCGAGUCGGCAAACCCUGUCACACCAUCUUCGAACACUCAACAAACACCGCAGCGAUAUUCUGUGGUGACACCCCCGCCGAUAUCCGCACCACUCUUCCCACCAACCGCCGGUGUGAUGACCAUACUCCCGGGCGGCUUAGUUGAAGUCCUCAAUUAUAGCUAUUUCCUUCAUCUUCUUGUCACCGACCCCGAGCGUGUUCUCCCGCCGGGGAAGUCGCUACUCUCCGUGAUGGCGAAGCCUGGUGCGAUGGGGCAUGACGAGGGGGACGGGGAGCUGCCUAAGAUCAAGGAUCGUGUACAAGACGUCGUUCAUAGAGCGUUUUGGGAUGAGGCAGUCGAGACGUUGUCCAAUCCCUCCGCCGCUGUGCAGCUUCCCCGUCUCAAGCGAUUGUACGAAGACUUGUACGAAGCCAUCAAACCUCUCAUACCCGCAAACCAUCCGAUCCUCCUCGUGUUGACAUGCCCACUUUCGCCCACUUCCUUCCCGCUCCGCUCCGCCCUCACGCACCUCCGAGAACUGCUCGUAUGCCUCCGCUCCAGAUGCGCACCCAUGCGAGACGCGCAGAUCGACGCACUGAUGAGCAACAUAGAUGAGCCGUCGUCUAUAACCUCGCUAGCGGACAUGGCGAGACUCGUCGUGGAUACUGUGCGGUCGAUUCUGGAACUCGUGGAGCUCAUGAAGGAAGACCUGUCGCAGUUCGUCGUGGGCUCGAUGAGCGAGAAGCAGUUGCGAGCAGUCUUGAUGGCUCAGGCCGCCAAGCAGGAAGAAGAGGUUGUGUUCUCUCUCUGGCGUCCAGAGAAAGUGCAGGAGCUGUGGAGACGUUGGCUAGAAGAAUCGGUUCAUGAUCCAAGUCCGACAGGCGAGCAUCAAGAACGAGCUUGGGCACGCCGUCUGAUGCAAGCCCUCGGAUUGGCUGUCCCUGUGUCUUGUCCACUUCCCAUAAAGCCAAUGUCGGCGGAAGCGAAUGAAGGAGGCGAAACAGAGGCUCAGCCACACCCCGCCAACAUCCUUCCACCUCCGCUUUUCUUCGUCUGCCCGACUCUGCUGUACAUGCAGAACUAUCUCCAGGCACUAGUCAUAGCUGCAACCCUCCGUUCGCUUGUCCGUCUUCCCGCACAGCAGCUACACCGACCGGCGGACGCGGGGGAGAGCUCCCAGCCGGAGGAGAGCUUUAUGGCCCGCAUCUGGAUUCUCCUUCGAACGGAGAUCGACGAGCAGCCCGGCUCAGGCGACACCAAGCUCGCCAACCUCGCAGACGAAGUCAUCCGCGUCCGCCGGAGGUUCGUUGCUAACGGAGAUGCCCUCGAUUCCGACGAAGAGGCGAGGCUGCGCACGGCGGUAGACCGCACACUGCAGCCGAACGAUCCUGUCUUCGCACUGUUGCAGAAACGUCUGCUCGCAGCCAUUGCGGAGCGGCUUUCGCGCCCAGCGGCGAUCGCGUCUUCUCCGGCGAACACGGCGCAGUUGCCGGAGAGGCUGCAGACUGGGAGGGAGCAGCCUGGCAAGCGGCCAAGGCUCGGGUUGGAGCUGGGUCACGAUGCUACCAAUGAGGCUGAGAAGAGUCGAGAAGAGCUGCUCGUGGUCAAGGGCUUCGAGGACGAGGUUCUGGUCAAGGCAGUGGGAGAGGGUCUGUCGAGGCUGAGAUCCUCCGUUGCGUGGACGGAGCGGGUAUGGCCGGGCUUGAUCAAGACAGGGUCUUUGAGGUCUAGUACGUGA